AGAUUCUGCUGUUCUGACUUAUCUUGAAGGCCUCCUAAUGCAUCGGGUCACCGGAGGGCAGGGUGCCACAGCUACACAGAGAUGCCAGGCAGGGCAGGGCAACCAGGAGCAAGGCAACAGCAAAGCCUCUACACCGAGCCAAGGGCAGCCUAACCAUGCCCCUCCACCUCCACUGCCACAAGGCCCAGACCCGGAGAGGAUGGCACCCCACAGCGGGCUCACGCAGCACCUCAAGAAGGCCCGGCUGCUGAGGUCUGAGGCCUGGACGGAGCACGAGAGCAGAAAGAGGCCGACGCCACCUGCAGAGUUGAAUGGCCAGAGACCCGGAGACCCCGAGGAGCACGCCGCUGCCCUUAACGGCUCUUCUAAGUGCAAAGGCGAGAGUACCCUGCUUGCUUCCCUGCUGCAGUCCUUCAGCUCAAGACUCCAGAACGUGGCGCUGUCACAGCAGCUUGUUCAAAGCCUGAAGCAUCACCAGGAGCAGCAGCAGCAGCAGCAGCAGGACGGCAGCAGCCAUAUCAACAAGAGCCAACAGGAGGGCGAGAAAGAAGCUGGACCAUGCCGAGAAUCCGCCACCAAUCGCCUCAAAGGUUUGAUAAAGAAGAGCAAAGCCCAGAACCAGAGCAACAGUGUGCCUUACCAGCGCCGACGCACCAGCCAAGAGAGGCAAAGUGAGUCUCCAAAAGGAUUGCAGAAGAACGGCCAGUCCUCCUCCACUGAGUCGCUGUCCUGUGCCCAGCGGCUGAAAGCGGUGGCUAACCUGGUGAACAUCAGGUCCAGUCCCGCCCCGUCCCCCCGCCCCAGCGUGGCAUGCAGUCAGCUGGCUCUCCUCCUGUCCAGUGAGGCUCACUUGCAGCAGUACUCUCGUGAGCAGGCCCUCAAAGCACAGCUCGCCGGGCGCUCCGCGAGCGAAAGGCUGGCAGCCAUGGCCACACAAACGCAGGACACAAAACCCAUGACCACAUCAGACACUCUAAGCUCCUUACAUGCCAAAAACGGAUCUGCCCCCCAAAUGGCAUUAGCCUCCAGCAGGCAGAGUCUGAGCGGGACUCCCCCAGGGCACGGCAGGACAGGGAGCUCCCCUCGUCCGCUGCUUCCUUUCCGAGAGCGGCGGCCCUUUGAGAGGCCUUUUGCCAGCAGGCCAUCUCAAAAUUGCAGCAGUUUACUCUUACAGCUGUUGAACAACCACAACACGCAGCAUCAGCUCAACAGUCAGGGCCACCUGCGCGGUGACUUCAGCAGCACAUCUACCCGAGGCUCGCCUGUGCUCUCCGACGGGGGCCACUCCACCCCUGACAGCAGCUUCCCCAAAGACAGUAGUGAUGCAGAGAGCUGUAGCUCCAGCUGCUCCCCAAUAGAUCUCUCUCUGAAGAGCAGGAGGGUCAGUGCCCCACCUCCCAUCUCCUCCCCUUCCUCUUCCUCCUCCACCUCCUCCUCUCCGGCUUUAGACAGAAUUACAGAAUCUCUGAUAAACAAGUGGAAGCCCGACCCCCCUCUGCCCUCGACGGUUCGCAGCAAGGAGAGGGAGCUUGAAAGCAACCCUGAAAUGAAGCCCCAUCACAAGGUUACACUUUUGCAGUUGCUGCUAGAUCAUAAAAAUAACGAGAAUGUAAACAAAAGUCUGGAUAAUCCAGAUUUGCACCCAGUCAUAAUCCCCAAGGUUAGUGGGGCGCCUGUGGCUAGACAGACUGUAGUUAAUAGGUGUGAGGAAAUAAGGACUCUCAGCCCUCAAUGUGGACUUGUUAGCAAAAGCCCCCUGAUCUUACCCGCUUUGUCAUAUGGCAAAGACACCAGCAGUGCAUCCUCUCCUUACAGUUUAUACGACUCUUCUCAUUCACAGUCCAUUCCCUUAGAUCUGUGUAAAAACAAAUCCUUCCCAAGUGAGCCAAGCGCCACAGAGCCCGCUUUCAGUGCCAGUAAAUUACUGCAGAAUUUAGCCCAGUCUGGGAAAGCAUGUGUGAGCUCACCCCCGCCACUCAAGACCUCCAUGCCCUCUGUCCAGAGGCCCCCCCCUCAGGAAAUGAAGCUUGAUCAUAGUGUGACUUUACUGGAAAAACUCACAGCUCCAGUUCAGCAGAGCCCCUCACCUAGAUCAGAAGGGACCUACGUGAUACCCUCACGACGGCCAGAGUCCUCGCAGUCUGCUUCUGAAAUUGAGAACCUUCUGGAAAGACGUACUGUACUACAGCUUCUUCUGGGAAAUGGCACCAGCAGCAAAGACAAAGUGGGAGGCAAGAGGAAAAGAGAGGCAGUACGGGGCAACUGCCAAGACAGGCAGUCCAGCCACUGUGAGAGUCUGGGUUCAGUACGGGGCAACUGCCAAGACAGGCAGUCCA